AUGGAAAGCAAACCUUAUUGGCAGGCAGUUGGUAGCUUUAUGUUUGCAGCAACUGUCUCACAGCCAGACAGCAUGUUUGCUGUGGGCAUGGGGAGUGAUAAUCUGGGUCUUGAUCAUUGGCAUGCUGUUAAAAGGAUGAUGAAGCAUCUACAGGGGACCAGGGACCUGAGCAUAAGGAACAAAACUGACUCUACUGGACUGAUGGUCUACUCAGAUGCCGACUUUGAUGGUGACUGUGACACUCGUCGGUCAACAACAGGCUAUUUGAGUUUAUUAGCAGGUGUGCUUGUGACACGGUGUUCAUGUCAGCAGAAAAGUGUGAGCAGAUCAACAACAGAGGCCAAAUACAUAGCAGCUUCAGAUGCUGCUACUGAAGUUGUUUGGUUGCAUAGUUUUCUCAGUGAACUUGGUUUUCAGUCAGACAAACCAACAACACUCCAUGUUGACAGUCAAAGUGCUAUUUGCCUGAUUAAAAACACAGAAUAUCACAAACACUCCAAGCACAUUGACAUUAAAUACCAUUAUAUAUGUGAACAUGUUGAAGAUAAUGAGAUUGAAGUCUAUUAUGUUUAUUCCAAUAAACAGUUGGCAGACUUAUUCACAAAACCUUUAACUAGAGACAAAUUCAUAUCAAACAGAAAAGUUCUGUCAAUGAUCUCAAAACAAAUUCAAUAA